UAUUAUGUAAUCAGCUGUGUCCAAUCACAGCUGAUCGCAUUGGGGACAUCUACACUGAUCAUCAGGGCACUGAUGAUCAGUGAAGCCCAAUCAGUGACACCUGUCAGUGCUCAUCAAUGCUACAUACCAGUGCCCAUCAAUGCCACAUAUCAGUGCCCAUCAGAGCUGCCUUUCAGUACCGCCUAUCAGUGCCAGACAGUGAUGCCUAUAAGUGUCAGUUAGUGAAGCCUAUCAGUGCCGCCAACCAGUGCCACCUAUCAGUGCCAGUCAGUGCCGCCUAUCAG